CCUUACGUAACUCCCACUGGCAAGGGCUGAGCAGCAGCCGAGGUCUACCUGUCCACCGCAGGGCUUUGCCCUCGCCCUUCAGCCAGGCACACACCUGUCUGCACGUGAAGCCUGUUUGUCCAACUUCCACCUGCAACGCUCAGAGGACUUGUCCUUGAACCAGUGCUUGGAAGAAAGCUCCUCCCUCGUCUUCCUGGUUUCCGGACAGGUGGCUGAGGCACCCCAGUGGGCAAUGGUGGGACAAGGCCACGUUGAUGGGGGGGGGAAGCACCCCUCCGUGCAUGCUUUCGCCUCCAACAACCUCCUCGGCAUUUCUCUUGCACCCAGGGUGGCUCCUGCCCUGUUCACCCCUCGGUACUCUUGCUUCCCUUGUGAGGUUGCUGGCUGACCGGAGAAUCACAUCCUGCCCUGUGCCUGUAUGAUUAGCUCUGUCACAGACAGAAGGGUAAGAGGAUUACCUGCGGUAAUGCCGGCAGGUCUUGCUCUGGAGGGCAGGGCUCACGGGGCAGCAGGACCCCACGGGGAGACAGGCGAGUGGGAGGACACCUUCCUUGUCAGCCAGAGCCCUUCUGCCAGGGCCACCGCCUUGGAGGGAGGGAUACGGUGGGCUCUCUUUCCCUGCAGGCUGUCCGGCAAGGUCCGUGGGGCCUCCUCUCUGGGGUCUGUUGGGGUGUGUGUGUGUGUGCUGCAUAGGCAACACGGGGCUGGCCUGGAUGGCCUUUGAGGGUCUUUCCCCUUUGUACGCCUCCUCGCCUCCUGUUCCAGGGAUGGUGCAGGGGGCCAGCUGAGAUGGGGCAACCUUCUGUCUUCCUUUCCUUCCUGCGCUGGAGACGGGCAAACACAGGAGGCGCCUCCCUGAAGAAAAGGAGGACGUUGGGGCCUCCUUUGGGCAAGGGCUCUGCCAGCCAGUCCUUCCCCUCCAAGGAAGGGCACCAAGGGAAGGGCAGUCGCGGCACAGGGAUCUGCUUGGCCCCCUGGUUCAAAGGGAAACCCUGAGCUCCUUGGGACAGAGGCCUUCCUUUUGGCUUCGAUAAGUGUGGCAGUCCUGGGGGUGGUGGUGGUGGUGCUCCUGAUGACUUGAAAUCCAGCCGGUCCAAGAUCGGGUCGGCCCUCCCAGCCGGUUGGUUCUGCCUCCGGGCAAAGCCUUCAAAGGUCCCUCCAAACCUGGCCAAGGGUGCCACCUCCUGUCAGCAGCUUGAUCCUGCUGCAUGGGUGGAGAUGGAGCCGGUGAUGUCUGUCGUUGCUAAGUAGGAGCACCAGCGGGCACGGCCUCUUCCUCAGCCCUCGCCCACCUCAUAGGAGGGCUGCAAUGGCCCCGUGGGGCAGGGGCCCAUCUAGUCCUGCACCCUUCUCCGGCUUCCUCUUCCCUUCUUCCAAUCUUAUCUAUAUAUUUAAAUUCGCCUGCUGGGUUUCUUCCCGUCCCUCCUCUCCUCUCUGAGGCUGGGCGCCCCAAUGGCCCUCCUUGACUUCGGAAGGAGCACUUCUGAACAGUCCCCUUAUUUGCGUUGGCAGGACACCAGCUCCCCGGCCUCUCUAGCCCCCGAAUUCUCCUUUUGGGCUUUUCAGUCUCUUCCCAUUUUUUUUCUGGGGAUUAUCAGCCUUAAUAGUCUUUACUUCCGAUGGCUCAUUACCAGGCCGAGGUGUUCUGAGUUUCUUUUGUUCCAUAUAUACUUCAAUGAUUUCUAAAGCUUUAUUCCUUCUCUUUAAUACCUACUUCUUCCUCGGCCACCUUCUGAGCCUAAAACGUUCUUGGCGCCUAGGGAUACAUGAUGCAUACCUCCGAGAAACUCCACUUCACACGGACCCGCGGUUAAAGAAGCAGCGUUUCCUACCGACCUUUAUGCGCUGCCUUUCUUUGGAUCCGCGGAGACCGGCGCACGCCCUCCUCCUUCCCGGUUACCCUCCCAACCGACAGCCCUGUCAGGAAGAGCAGGAGAGAGACUGGCGCGAGGUUCACGGGGCCACCGCAGCCCUCGCCCCCUGGGCUGCCGAGGGUUCCCUGCAAGAACCGCGGGAUUGCGUCUCACAGCAGGGCAGUGGGGAGGAACCGGCGGCGGCGGAGGUGGCGUGCCCGUCUGGGGUGGGAAGCCCGCUUCCAAAUAGUCAUUGACCCCCAUAGGGAAAGGAGGAGGGUGUCACCCCGGCAGUCACCGCUGGGGGGCACCGCAGCCCAACAAAACGAAAGAGGGUGGGAAGGAAAGGGCUUGAGUGCCUUUCAGAAGUAAGAGCGGAGGCCGGGCAUGUAUUCGUUAGUCGUUUAGUAGUGCACGCGAAAAAGCCAGCCAGCCUGGACAGAAGGGAUGUAGGCCAACCCUCUCGUUGCUGUGUGCUGGCUUUCAGCCCGCAGGAAGGGUGGCUUGGAAGCCUUUCACCAGCUCUCCUUCCGCCGGAGUCUCUCCUGGGAUGCGUGUUUCGGACUCCCUGUGCGAAAGGACCCUACACGUGAACGCUCUACCCUACCCCGUCCCUCUGGCCCCGCUGCUUCCCUGACAAGGGGGCGCCAUCGCCCCCCAGGAAUUGCCCUCCAACCCGGGACAAAGACCAACGGAGACCAGGCGGGAAGGGUCGCGCACCUCACACGUUCCUGGAGUAGCCGAAAGUCAGCCGCGGAGGCCGCAGAGCAAGACUACAGCUCCCGGGACCCCCAGCCACACUGCUGCUCCUGCGCGCAAAAGACCGCCCCGGAACCCCUGAGCGUGUACAGAGUGCUUUCUCCGCGGAGGGAGCUGUCUUCCCUUCCGCCGUCGGGCCACGUGGAGUUUGUCUCUCUCUCUCUCUCUCGGGGAGCGCCGCCGCCACGUGACCCGCGCGCGUCAGCUGACCCAACAUGGCCGGGGAAAGCGGAGCCCGGGCGGCCCCGUCCCUCGCCGCCGGCUCCGGCUAAGGCCUGCGCUCCUCCUGCCCAGCGAAGGGCGCAGAGCUGCCGCCGCCACCACCGCCAAAAUGGAUCUCCGGCUGCAACAGGUGGAGAGAGACCUGGGAAUCAACCGGGGCCAGCUGUCCGUCGCCGCAACGGGAAGGUCCCGCCACAUCAUCGCCCUUGUGCCUGUCAAGUGGCUGUCAAGCCUGAAGGAGCGGGGCGUGCUGCCCGUCCAGUGUCCGCGCCCGGAAGGCCUGAGUGACGUGGAGGUGCACGCCUGCCUCCAGCACUCGGUGCAGAAGUUGCCCGCUGGCUGGACUCGCGUGGAAGUCCACAGCCUGAGGAAGGACCGGCUGCGCUACCCACUGGCCACCAGCUCUGGGGUGCAGGGUGAGCCCAAGGAAGGCCGGGAAACGCUCCACGGGUUCAUGCGUACGGUGGCUUCCCAGAACUACCGGAAUUUGUGGAAGCGGGCGCACCGCUUGUACGUCCAGCCCUAUUGCUACACGCACACCUCCCACACCGCCCUGGCCUUGGAUGUGCUGCGCGGAGCCCUGCAGAAGCUCUACAGCUGCCCCGUUGUCCCAGCUGGGAGGGGGGCUCCCUGCGGCGGUGGCGGCGGCUCUCCAGCCAAAGAAGGUUCCUCCUUCUCCGGGAAGGCCGCCCUGCCCUGCCCCAGCGUCCUGCCGGCAGAGGCGCUGCUGGAGUCCCCAGCGAUGCUCUACGUCCUCUUCCCCUACACCCAGUACUGCCUCCACGACAUUGUCACCUUCAGCCCCGCCAAGCUGACCAACAGCCACGCCAAGCUCCUCUUCAUCCUCUUCCAGGUCCUGCAGGCCAUGCAGUCAUGCCAUCGGGCCGGCUUGGCCUGCGGCGCUUUCUCUCUGCAUGAGGUGGGGGUGGAUGAGAAGCUGUGUGCCCAGCUGCGGGUUCACCUCCAAGAUUACGAGCAAGUGCUAGAAGAAGAGGGACCAGCCGACGGGGCAGAAGCCGCUGGGGACGCCAGCCCAGCCCCGGCAGCAGUAGGUGGUGCUGGGAGGGGGAGCGAGUCCGGGGAGGCUCUGGGGGACCUGGUGCUGGACUGGGUGAAUGGCCGCCUGAGCAACUUUGAUUAUCUCAUGCACCUGAACCGCUUGGCCGGCCGGCGGGUGGGGGACCCCAAUUACCACCCUGUGCUCCCUUGGGUGGUAGAUUUCACAGCCAAGAAUGGCAGGUUCCGGGACCUGCGCAAAUCCAAGUUCCGCCUCAACAAGGGAGACAAGCAGCUGGACUUUACCUACGAGAUGACCAAGCAGGCCUUUGUGGCCGGAGGGGGUCUGGCCGGGGGCGAGCAGCCACACGUGCCUCACCACAUCUCUGAUGUCCUCUCUGACAUCACCUACUACGUCUACACAGCUCGGCGUACGCCCAAGGCGGUGCUGUGUGCCCACGUCCGGUCCCAAUGGGAGCCCAACGAAUACCCCGCCAACAUGGAACGCCUGCAGCUCUGGACGCCGGAUGAGUGCAUCCCAGAGUUCUACUCGGACCCUGUCAUCUUCAAGUCCAUCCACCCGGACAUGCCCGACCUGGAGGUGCCCGCUUGGUACGGCUCCUGCGAGGAGUUUGUGGCCGCCCACCGGGCCCUGCUGGAGAGCUGGGAGGUCUCUCAGGACCUCCACCACUGGAUUGACCUGACCUUUGGCUACAAGUUGGCGGGCAAGGAGGCCAUCAGGGAGAAGAACGUCUGCCUCCACCUGGUGGACAACCACACCCACCUUGCCAGCUAUGGGGUGGUGCAGCUCUUUGACCAGCCCCACCCCAGACGCUUGGCAGCGGCUGCCCUCCUUCCUGCCAAGGCCCCCCUGAUCACGAGGCCUCUCAUCCCCGCCGUCCGGGAGACGAGGGUCCUAGAGGACACCAAGGGCCAGCUGGCCAACGGUGGGCCAGUGGCCGAGGCUGCGCCUUGCGAUGGGAGCUGGGCUGCUGGCCAGUUUGGGGCAAGUGCAGAGGAAGAGGUGGAACAAGGGGCUGAAGCCUUGGAGGCCCUUCCCGCAGCCGGCAACCGGGGACUGGUGGAGCUGCCCAGUCCCCACACCCACCUGCAGCUGCCAGCCCUCCCGGCUGAGGGCAGGGCCCUCAGCCGGAAGGUGACGACCCCUGCUGGGGCGGCCUGCCUGGAGGGAGGGGAGGCCAAGAUCAUACUCCCGGAGGGCAGCCAUUCGCUGCAGGCCAUGGAGGACCUUGAGAGGCUGGACGCCUUCCUGCUGAAGGCGCUGCAUGGCACAGCUGGCCGGCCGGCCCUGCCCCCGCCCGAGGCACCCCCAACGCUCUCUGACGACUUCUUCCAGAGGGACAUGCAGGCUCUUGGGGUCGUGGUGGCCGAGAUCGUCUUUGCCCCCAAGUUGCGCACCUCGAAGCCGGGGGCAACGCUCCGGGAACGCUUCCAGGUGGCCCGGAGGCUUUGCCGGUCCUUCCCCAAGGAGAUCCCGCCUCCCCUCCAACACCUCCUGGAAGUCCUGCUGCAGCUGAGGGUGCCCGAAGGCCAGCUCCUGACACCAGGCCAGUACGGGAGGGUGCAGCUUUUCGACUACGAGCCCGUCUGGCAGGGGCUGCCCCCGCCCUGCCCCUCCCAGCUGCUGAGCCCCUUCAGCGCUGUCCUGCCUUUCCCCAGCUACUUCCCUUCCCUGCACAAGUUCAUCUUCUCCUACUUGUCUGGGCGGGUGGAGGACGAGGGACAAGGGCGGGAGCUGGUCUUCCAGCUUUGGCAGCAGCUGGCAGGGGUGCUGAGCGACAUCACCCCUGAGGGCCUGGAGAUCCUGCUGCCCUUCGUCUUGGCGCUGAUGUCGGAGGAGCGGACGGCUGUCCAUGCCGCCUGGUACCUCUUUGAGCCCAUCGCCAAGGCCCUGGGCCCCCGCAACACCAACAAGUACCUGCUGAAGCUCCUGAGCGCCGCCUACGAAAACCCGCGCAACCUCCACAGCCGCUUCUACCUCUACACGGAGUGCUUUGUGGCUCAGCUGAUGGCCCGGCUGGGGCUGCCGCUGUUCCUCUCCAACCUGCUGCCCCACAUCCUGCAGGUCCUGGUAGGGCUGGAGGGAUCGGCCCAGGAGGAGAGCAAGGCCCUGCUGCUGGGCGCCGCAGAGGAGGAGGAAGAGGGCGACAGGAGCAGCCCCGGUGCCUGCGCCGCCUUCAGGGAGGAGGCCAAAGGGGAGGCUGAGCGAGGCUCCUCUGUGGGGCUGGAGCUGCUGGACUACCUGUCUGGGGUCAGCCUGCACGACCAGGCCUACCUCCCAGAAGGCGAGGACUUCCAGAACCACCUCUAUGUGGCAGAGGCCCCGCAGGAGCCUCCCGAGGAGGAGGAGUCCCUGAGUCUGGGCCACCUCAGCGACAAGAGCAGCGCCAGCGAGGUGUCUCUGGGUGACGAGCAGAAGGACAAGGCCAGCCUCAGCAGCCAAGAUCUGAAGCCCAGCGAGGAGGAAGACGAGGAGGAGGAAGACGAGGAGAAGGGAGGAAGAGAAGGAACAGGAGAAAGAGAAGUGGAAGAGGAGGAGGAAGAGGAGCUGGGGGAGGGGGUGCCGAACGGGGCAGAACAGCCCAACGCCACUACCCCGGUCACAGAGGAGUCCACACUGUCGGUGGCCAUCGCUGGCUCCAUGGAAGCCAGCCUGGCUAAAGAGGAGGAGGAGGACGAGAAAGGAGACCUCGGCAGGGAGCCAGAGGGAGAAGCAGGGGGCGGACCAGGCCUGCCGGGGCAGCAAUACCACCAGCAGGGAGAGAGGGAACAGACCGUCUUGCUAGACACAGCCUGCAAAAUGGUGAAGUGGCUGUCGGCCAAACUGGGCCCCACCACCACCUCCCGCUACGUUGCCCGGAACCUCCUUCGGUUGCUGACCUCUUGCUACGUAGGUCCUGCCCGGCAGCAGUACGUGGCCGGCGCUGAAGAGACGGGCCCCUUGGGUUCCAGGAGCAUCUACCAGAAGCGGCUGGUGCUGGGGGACGUGGUGUCGGAGCCGGUGCUGGCCUGCCUCACCCAUAUCGCACACCUGUAUGGAGAGCCCGUCCUGACGUACCUGUACCUGCCUUACGUCAGCUACCUGGUGGCUCCUGGCAGCGGAGCGUCCGCUGGCCGGCUGAACAGCCGGAAGGAAGCUGGGCUGAUGGCCGCCGUGACGCUCACUCAGAAGAUGGUCGUCUUCCUCUCGGACACCACCCUCAUGGACAUCCUGCCUAAAAUCAGCCAGGAGGUCUUGCUGCCGGUUCUCAGCUUCCUUACGUCACCUGUGAUCAGCUUCCCCAGCGGUGUCCAGGCUCGCGCCGUCCUGUGUCUCAAGACCAUCAGCCUCGUGGCGCUGGUUUGCUUGCGGAUCGGAGCCGAGAUGGUGCACCAGCACCUGAGCGAGACGCUGAGGAGCUUCUUUGAUACCUUUUCAUCACUGCCUCCGCCACCGGAGCAGGGGACAACACCGCCGCUGCAGCCGCCCACCACCCCCACCACGGCCGGCCACCCAAAGUGGCUGCCCUCAGAGCCAUCAUCUGCUGUUCUGGAGCUGCAGAAAGUGUUCAGUCCGGAAAUGGCUUACAUCACCUUCGUGCCCUUCUCUUGCUUGCUAGGUGACGUUAUCCACGCUCUUAUCCCAAACCACACCGCAGUGGGCCAGCUGGCAGCUCUUCACCUGGACAGCGUGACCCCUCGGGCCCUGGACGCAGCCGGCUCAGGCAGCCGGCCUUCCUCAGAGCAAGACGCGCUGGGCACGGAGGCGCCGUUGGGCCCUUCGGAGGACACGCACUCGGGCACGUUUGGGAGCGUGCUGGUGGGCAACCGGAUCCAGGUGCCCGCGGCCGCCCGGCAGGAGGUCUCUGGCAGUCCGAGCGGCUUCUGCCCUACCCCAGAGAGCUGGGAGGGGAAUGCUUUGAAGCAAGACCUCCUGCGCAGCCCCCACCUCCUGUGUGGGAAUUGGCUGGCCUACUGGCAGUACGAGAUCGGGGUCAGCCAGCACGACGCCCGCUUCCACUUCCACCAGAUCAAGCUGCAGAGCUUCGUGGGCCACGGGGGAGCCAUCAAGUGCGUGGCCCCCCUCAGCGGGGAGGACUUCUUCCUGAGCGGCAGCAAGGACAAAACCGUGCGCCUCUGGCCCCUCUACAACCAGGGGGACGGAACCCAUGAGGCGGAGCCCCGCCUGACCUACGCUCAGCACAAGAAGUCGGUCUUCUACGUCGGCAUGCUGGAAGCACCGCAGCACGUGGUCAGUUGCGACAGCACCGUCCACGUCUGGGACCCUUUCACAGGCAGAGUCGUCCGUGUUUUUGAGCCGCCGGAUUCCAAAGUGCCCAUCACCGCCGUGAGCGCCAUGCCCGCCCCGUACGGCAGCAUCUGCAUGGCCAACGCUGACUCUGUGCUGCGCUUCGUUGACUACCGGAAGGCGGGGCUGCAGCACGAAUUCCGGCUGGCCAGCGGGACGAACGCCGGCCUCAUCCGCUGCCUGGCCGUCAGUCCCAGCGGGCGGAGCAUCGUGGCUGGCUUCUCCUCCGGCUUCAUGGUCCUGCUGGAUACCAGGACGGGCCUCGUCUUGAGAGGGUGGCCUGCGCAUGAGGGGGACAUCUUGCAGGUCAAGGCCACGGAGGGCAACCUUCUCAUCAGCUCCUCCUCGGACCACACCUUGACCGUCUGGAAGGAACUAGAGCAGAAGCCCCUGCAGAGCUACAGGUCGGCCUCGGAGCCGGUCCACGCCUUCGACCUCUACGGCAGCGAGAUGGUGGCCAGCACCGUGGCCAACCGGAUCGGCGUCUAUGCCCUUCAGGACCCGCUUCCCCCCAGCGUCACCAAGCUGAGCUCAGAGAACUUCCGAGGGACCCUCACCAGCCUAGCUGUCCUGCCCACAAAGUGCCACCUCCUCCUGGGGUCGGACAACGGCACCGUCCGGCUCCUGGCUUGAGGCUUUUCUUCCCAGGGAUGCUGGCGAGCCGAGGGAGUCCCCUUUUGCGUUGCGAGGGAGGCAGGAGACUAGGCAUUGCCUGGGACUGAGGGGGAAGGAGCAGGGAGCCUCCUCCCCUUUGCCCCUAAGAGGGCUGCUGGGCAGCCAAAGGUCCUGACCCCCCCCAUCACCUUAUGUGCCUCACUCUUUUUGGGAACCCUGGGGAAUUUCCCCAAGGCAUCUGUUCCAGAGUAGGGACACUCCUCCUCCCCCCCCCAGCGGUCCUGUCCUUUAAUGUUCUGGGGAGCCACGUCCCCUCUUCAGUGCUCCCCUGGGGAGGGUCUCGUCCCCUUCUGUAAGAGGGUGGGACAGGGAGAGGUUCAAAUAUGGAAGCACUUGUGUCUUCUUUCCUGGGUUCAGGAGGAGAUCCUCCUGGAUGACAAACCGAUGGCAAUAGAUGAUAUAACGUAUACAAUUAUGCUAAUAAACACUCUGAAGCUUCUGA